AUGCCGUCUCCGGAGGACGUUCAGGUUCCCUCUAAUCAAUCCACUCAACCUACCUCAACUGCCCAGUCAGUGCUGAACCCUCUCGCUGCUCAUCCUGUCUAUCCCGAUUCUGCCGCCACAUCGGAACAGGCACAAGAUCAAGAUGCCUCGCGAGGACAGCCCGCCGCCGCCGCCCCCCCCUCCACCGAACUCGCCAGUGCAAAGAUGACUCUCAAGUCGGCCCUGCGCCAUUUCAUGGACUUCCCGAUCAAGGGAAUCGACUUCGUCGACAUCAUGCCGCUCUUCCACGACGUCGCCGUCCACCACACCCUGCAUACCGCCCUCCACCUACAAUCUCAGGAGAGUUUCGCCUCCAAGCCCGACAUUAUCGUCGGCUUGGAUGCGCGUGGCUUCCUCUUCGGUCCGGGACUUGCCCUCCGACUCGGAGUCAGCUUUGCCCCGGUCCGAAAGAAGGGCAAGCUCCCCGGCCCGUGCGUCACGGCGUCCUAUGAGAAGGAGUAUGGCACAGACUUCUUCCAGAUGCAGUCGGAUGCCAUCAAGCCUGGUCAGAAGGUCUUGAUUGUGGAUGACAUCAUCGCGACAGGUGGUUCUGCGGCCGCUGCUGCCGACCUCGUCAGCCAAAUGCAGGGCGAUGUUAUCGGCUACCUCUUCCUCCUUCAGAUCGAAGGUCUCAACGGCAGGGAGAAGCUCGGCGAGAUUCCUUCUGUCAUCAUGCUCGAGGACGUAUAA